UUUAAUCAGUUUUUUGGGUUGCUCCAAUAUCCAUACGUACAAUAUAUUAUAACUCUGUGCAAGAUCCUGCUUAAAAGUUACCUUUUUUUUGCCAUGUUGAAAGCUAUCCCAAUAUGUUAUAGACUUAUACUUUUGAGCACAUAUUUGAUGACGCCGACUAAAAGUGAAAAGAUUCAGACAAAGCCACCACUUACUGUGAUAGGACUGGAAGGAGAAAAGGUAGAAAUACCAUGUAAUAUAACAGCUAUUCCCGAAGAAGACAUUCCUACUCUGGUCUUCUGGUACAAGGAUAACAUCACCACACCGAUCUACACUCUCGACGCCAGGAGAGGAUCUCUUAGUCGAGCUCUACACGCGUCUAUUUACAAAGUUACACGCGUUUACUUUGCCACUGACACAGAACCAGCCGUCUUGAGGUUUAGAUCACUAAACAGUAGUGACCAAGGAUCAUAUCGUUGUCGAGCGGAUUUUAAUCGAGCCAGGACUCGUUACACCGACAGUGUUCUGAAGGUUAUUGUGACGCCCCAAAAGCCCGUGAUUAGAGAUCAAAAUGGAAAAGUACUGAGAAGUCUUAUUGGACCGUACAAUGAAGGAGAAUCUUUACAGCUGUUUUGUGAUGUUCUUGGAGGAGAUCCUUCACCAGAGGUGACCUGGUGGAGAGAAUCCGUUCUUUUGGACAACACCUACAACAUGACUGAGACAGGAACAGUUUCGAAUGAGCUUCUUAUUCUAACCUUAGAGCGACAUGACCUGAUGGCGGCUUUCAGCUGUUGCGCUUCCAAUUACAACCAAAGUUUACCUAUAUCUUCAACCGUUACAGUAGACAUGAAUUUUAGACCGCUGGUACUCACGAUUACCAAAGAACCCGAGACUCUGUCAGCUGGAAAGACGACCAAGUUGGAAUGUCAAGCAGUUGGUUCACGACCGUCUGCUAUUGUGACUUGGUGGCAAGAGGAAACAGAAUUAAAGACAACCAAGAUGACGGUUUCAGUAGAUGGAAAUGUCACCACAAGUGUAUUGACGUUCAAACCAUCUGUUCUGGAUAACGAGAAAAUCCUAACCUGUAAAGCUCAGAAUCCUCUAAUAAAGGAUAGCAUAUUAAAGGAACGGAGGAUUCUAAAUGUUCAUUACGCUCCACGCAUUAGUAUUAACAGUUCAGGUGACGUGAAGAACCCUAUAGUAAAAAAGGGACACGACAUAUUCUUCGACUGUAAAAUUCAAGCUAAUCCGUGGGUGACUGCUUUCCACUGGCUUUUCGAAGACAAGGAACUCCAUACCGAUAAGUCUACUGGCAUAAUUAUAAGUAAUUACACAUUGGUUCUCCAAAAGGUCGACCGUUCGAAGAGAGGUCGCUACAUUUGUAGAGCUAUGAACAUCGAGGGUUAUGGAGAAAGUGAUCCUAUUGAUCUUCGUGUACAAUUUGAACCAGUUUGUAUACCGAGCCAGAGGGCUGUGUAUGGGACAGCAGUGCAUGAAACGGUGCGAGUAUUGUGCGAAGUCGAUGCGGAUCCAGUGCAAGUAACGUUUCGAUGGAUGUUUAACAAUUCCCAUGGAAGCCGAGAAGUGUUAACGUUUAAGGACGACUUAACAAAGAGCGUAGCAAGUUUCAUCCCGCAGAAUCAGGAUGACUACGGUACGCUGGCUUGCUGGGGAAAUAAUAAAGUCGGGAUCCAGAGAAAACCGUGCUUCUUUAAUAUUACUGCUGCAGGGCCUCCGGAAACGCCAGUUAACUGUACAGUUAGCAACGUUACAACAGAUUUUAUAAGUAUUGGCUGCCUGGAAGGCUAUAACGGUGGCUUGAGUCAACAUUUUGUGCUUGAAUUGUACGAAAAAAACGCAGAGAAAAUACACACAAACCUUACUGACAAGAAACCAGAAUUCUCAAUUGUAAGACUUCCGCAAAAUACAAAUUUUCGUAUUAUAUUGUAUGCAGUGAAUGCUAAGGGAAGAAGUGGACCAUGGAUAAAAAAUGUCGACACACUCAGAACACCAGAAAAAUCUGAAGAACCUAAAGAUGGAUGGUUUGUGGAGUUCAGACCAAUACUAGUGACUAUAGUGGCAGGAGUAGCUGGACUGGUGUUUGUGAUCCUAGUCAUUAUUGUUCUCGUCAAAGUCCGUUCUAGAAAACAAAGGAAGAGGAGUACAGCCAAACCUUUCGUUGGAGACGAACUGAGAGAGGAAAGCGGAACUUUAAAAACUAGAGUCGAAGACUAUAGGCCACUUUCAACUAUAGAAGAUGAGAGAGGACCGGAUAUUAUACCAGCCAAUGGAAAUCUGGUGGAACUACGUAGUGUUAUCGAGAGUGAAACAUUUUCAAUGGGUGACACCGUCAGAUGGACGAGUCCCUUAGCUGAACUUAGCCCACAAAUUCAACCACUUGGUGAAGGUGGUCAAGGCUUAGAUAUGGAGCCCCCACGAUGUUCCCAGUCACGGGAAACAUUCAGUCCGCAAUCCCAAUGUUCUGCACUACAAGAAAUUCCUCAAGAAAUUGGGUUAAGGGUGAGGAUGCUACCUUCGUCACCAGUUCUUAGAAGGACUAUUCCUGGUCGAUCUGAGGAACUACCAGUAGCAGAAGGGAGAACCACUAAUGUAUGAUUUAUUGAAAUUGGUGAAAAAUGCGAUCUUUAGUUUGCUUUCUAUUGACUUCAAAACCAUUUUCGACGAGGAAGAAUCAAGACACAGAAGUGUGCUUUUGUAACCAACAGCUUGCUGAGCUAAAUGAAGUUACCGAGUAGAGAAUGUUCAAACCAUUAUGGGACCAAACAACCGAAGCAUUAGAAAAUUCUAAUCAUCUAUGCUUUGUCUGUAACAUGAUAAAAGAAAAAGAAAUCGCACCAAAGUGACACAUUCAUUUAUUGUAGGUAGAAAAACACAAUCCACUACGUAUGAAUACGUUCGUGUUUGAUACGGUUUGUAGACGGAUAAUUCUUUUUGUUACAGCUUUAUCACCAGUGGCACUUUACCACUUCAGAAACUACGCGACUAUGUUAUAAUAUAUUCACCGCUUCUUCGUCGGAUCGAUCUUGUGGUAUUACUUAUCGUUAGAUGUACAGUAAUUUCAUAAGAAGCAAGCAGAAGAAUAAGUUACUGCAGUUAAUGAAUCAUUCAACCUGCUAAGACAGCCACUAGACCAACUUCAACCAGUGCCCUUCCAGUACCAGAGAAGCCUCUCUAAAAGUGUUAACUUUUCGAUUUGUUAGUUUGUAAGUCACUUCAAGCUAGAUGCGUAUUACAUAUUAGGUUCUUGUACAUGCCUGCGAUCUGAGAUGAUCAAAAAUGAAAAUAACAAAAUGUUUGAAACUACUGUGGAAAUUUCCACAUUAGGUUCAAUUUAAACCAAUCAUUUCUUCCAUACAAUAUGUAUGUUUAGGUUUUUAAUAGUAACUCUAAACGUUCCAUAAUGAAAAAAUAAACAAACGUUUUCCCCUGCAAAGCUGUAUUAUAUUAGUGUAUCAUUACUGUUGUUUCUGUUCAAGUCCAAGACAAAUAUAUUUUCACUGUAACUUGUAGAUUCCAUAUCAAUUAUACUACAAUUAUAAAAGCAUCUCUAGGAUACAAUGUUAGUGAAUGUAAAUAAUAUAGUGGAAUAAGAGCGGGUUUUUCACUAUAAACACACACAGAGAGGUAAAAAACAUAGUGUAUUGAAAAGAAUGAUAAUGUUUUAAUACUCUUUUCACCAAAGAUUCGGUAUGUGUAUCCAGAAAAAUUAGUACGCAGUAGUAUUUGAACUAGUAUUUAGUUUACCAUGUACGAAAUACUUAUAGUUACAAAACAUAAAUAACUCUUAGAUGAAACUGUAUUUACACGUGGCAUGUAUUGGUCAGGAGCAAUGUUUCAACCAGUAUUUAGUCUCGUUUUGUCUCAUUAUAGUUGCUCUCAGCGUCAUGUGUUAAGUAAACUAAUAGCAAUUAAAACUUUGUACUGAACUGUUAUGUUCAGCAUGCACAAUUCAAUUAGUAUUAAACGUUCAGAACAUAGGUAAUCGCACAGAGUGACGUCCACAAAUUGUAAUGAGUGGUUUAUUCCAAGUGAUCACUACUCUCCAGUCGAUUAAGGAACUAAUAACAGUCUCACUACACUACUUUAGCGGCUUUGCCAUGAACGCAGUCAGGUAACUGAUUUUUUUUCUAAUUUGGUUUGAUAACGCACAUACAUUUCCAAGUUUUUGUUUUUACGCCAAAUCCUAUAAACGUCUACAGUGUGCCCUAAGAGUAGCAUCCAAGUAAAUAUUAGUGGAUAAUAUAAAAAAAAAAUUCUAAAUAUCGUAUUAUACUAGUACUUCAGUUUACAGUAUAAUGAAUAUUUUUUUUUAAAUAAAUAAAUCUGUAUUGUUAAGCUAGACUACAUGUUUGUAUGGUUUUGUCGACAAUCAAGCUUGGUAAAUGUAUGUCUGAUAUAAAAUCAGAUAAGAAAUUUCGAAAUACCAGAAAAUAAGGUUGAAAUUUGUCAAUCACAAUUCACUGAUAUCUUUAUAACAUUCUGUGGAUUAAAUGCGAUCACUUAAACUUUGGGUACCUAAUAUUAAUCGGUGUGAUGUUGUCUCAAAGCCGAUUACAGACAUAAAGACGCAUUUAAAAUUCUUGCUGCAACAUCAAAUAACUAUUAUAUACAUACAUUGAAAUAUAUCUGCGUGAUUUGUUGUUUGUUACUGAGCGAAAAGUUAUACAUUAAAUAUAUCUGCGUGAUUUGUUGUUUGUUACUGAGCGAAAAGUUACACAUUAAAUAUAUCUACGUGAUUUGUUGUUUGUUACUGAGCGAAAAGUUACACAUUAAAUAUAUCUACGUGAUUUGUUGUUUGUUACUGAGCGAAAAGUUACACAAUGUACUAUCUGUGCUUUGGUCACUGUCGGUAUUGAACCUCAAUUUUUUUUGCAUGAUUCUUUCGGAAUUUUUGGAAAAAGACAUUUGCUGUACAUUGUGCAUUAAAAAAUUUAGCAAAUUACUAUAUAAACAUAAAAUAACUGUGUUGUAAUUUCAAUACAUAAUCCUGGGAAGUAUAUUCUGUGCUUCUGAAAUAUGUGGAUACUGUACAUCAAACUUGUUAUUAAAACACUAAUAUUGUAAACAUUGGUUUACUUAUCAAAUCUAAUUUAUGUGCACAACUUUGCUGUGUAAAUCUUUUGUAGUAUUAGA